AUGGGCCCGUACGUGAUAAAGGAAAGGAUUGGCACAGUCGUGUACCGGCUGGCACUACCGUCGGAAUUGUAUGAUUUCCAUGAUGUGUUCCACGUCUCAGUGGUACGGAAGGUUGUACGAGAACUCGAGCUAAUCCUGCCGCAUCCACCUGCAGAUGCGCAACGUAACCUGUCGUUGGUUAGCAAACCAGUGAAGAUUGUGGAUGAAAAGGAAGUUGAUAACCGUGGAUGGAAAGAAAAGAUGGUGCUCGUGCGCUGGGAGAGGGAUGGAAUCCAUGAGGAUGAAAGAAAAGAUGGUGCUCGCCGCACCCGAGCCCCUAGCCAUCACCUCCUUGAUUCGGUUUCGUGCAAGCAACUGAGAUCUGAACCACAAGGUAAGACUGUGCUCUCUAGCUCUAUGUCAUUGGGAAUGACGGAUCCUAAACCCUCCUCUCUCUUGUGA